ACCAAUCCACUGGGUAAUACCGCCGACAUAUCGCCCGGUGACCAUUGCUGCUGCUGCAUCCACACUCUAGAAUCUGGUCGCACUGCAUUUCACCCAUUCGACGGAGCAGUACAUCCACAGCUCGGUCGAUCACCUCACUCACCACGUCCGGCCUGGUCGGCCUCUGUCACCACUCGGACAAGGAGCGCAUGAUUGCAACAACAGCAUCGACUUCGCGGGCCAAUUGCCCUUUCCUCGGUCACCACCGCCAUGUCUUCGCCCACCGCGUCGACUAAUCCACCACCGAGACGAUUCGCUCCUCAGCCGAUUGAAACUACGACGAAGUCCUCCAAACAGACGCGGAAGCAUUCACCGGAGAAAGAGGACGCUUCCAAAGUACGCCGAUUCAUACCAGAAGCGAUUGACUCUUCCUCCAAGUCAUCUCGAAAAGAUGCUGCGGUUUCGGGGAGUAAACCGAUAACGAGGAGAUUCGCUCCAGAGCCGGUGGAGACAUCUACGAAAUCGUCACGCAAGGAACCUGCAGAAGGCAAGCCGGCAACGCGACGGUUUGCACCUCAACCGGUUGAGACGUCGCAUAAAAGUAGCAGGAACAAUUCAAAGGACAACACUGGGAGCUCGAGAUUCAAGCCACAGCUCGUAGAGACCGUUUUUGGAGGGAACCGGAAGUCUGCUAGCCGCAAGAACACUCAAGAUGAUUCCACGACCAAUGGAGACGAGACGACACCGAAGAGAUUCACACCAGUCGUGUUGUCCACAGCAUCAAGAUCACGUCGGGUCGGCGAGGCGGACAAGACCAAUCGUCAGGAUUACAGGACCGAAGAUGGCCAUCAGAUACAUGCUCGAGAGCAUAGGAAACAUGCAGGAUGGAAGACACCAGUGGAGGCCAAAGCUGGUCUAGGAGGAAGUGAUCCUACCUCACAAUUACAGCGUUUCGACUUCUCCGGCAAAUUGAGAGAGCAGAUUGCGCCUUCAGAAGGUGGCUCGGGUUCGAGAACGCCAGAGCGGACUCAUUCGUUCCGCCUGCCGGAUCUGGAGACAAUCGAAAGCUCGGAAAGCGAUCGUGGAGAAAGUGAACAUGGUUCGGGUCCGUCAUCGCGGUCUGGUAGUGCUGGACGAGGCUCACCGAUUACUGCUUCAGAUUCCUCCUUUCACGACUUUUACAGAAACGCCGAUGCUACCCGACAACGAGACAGCGUGGAUUUCGGCUCGUACUACUUCCAGCUCGAGGCGAAGAAGGCACAGCAGAGAUUGCAGGAACAGGCACUGGCUGCAUUUCCCAACUCCGAUUUCCACGAGCCGGUCCAACAUUACGUUAAUGACGAUAUGGAGACUGACGAGAUUGAAGAUCGUCCUGUGCCUUGGAUGGAUUAUGACGAGGAAGUGUUCUUUAAACGGGCAAGACGUGAGAGCUCUGUCAAGAUAUCAUGGGAGCAGAUGGAAAUGCAGCGACAUGCGGAGCAGCUCGAGAGGGACCGCAAGGCCGAUCAAACCACCGCGGCCAGCAAAGCGCCUCCGGACAACUCUCCGUGGUGGAACCCUGACGCUGGAAUGACCAUACAGCAGCCAGACGCUGACAUGCAGUCCAUGCGUGAUCGAGCUCGUCCGCCAAUGCUUGGAAACGAUUUGGUGUUCCCCAGAUGUCCGUCUCCAGAACCGGCGCGUUUCGAUGUGACACAAGGAUCUGCCAAGCUUCGGCAACAAAUGCUCGCCGAAAGCAACAAGCCGCAAGCUCCGAAAGAGGACAAAGGCGGGCUGUGGAAUGCACCUGCGGGCAAAACUUCGAACAUCUCCGUUACCAGUGCCUCAUCCAAGGCUAACAGCUCUAACAAAGGCGGCGGUCUGUGGGGUGGCUUCUGUGUUGCGACACCCGCGGCGCCUUCUACUAAUACUGGUGGUCUCGCGGUGCCCAACAUACCCACCGGUCUUAUGACCCCUCUCCCACGCGCCGAACCUUCUUCCAACCCCUUCGAACAGUCGUUCGCUGCCCGCAACGGCGCUCCAGGUGUUGUUCAGCCUCCCACACCACCGCCUGAAGGUCUCACUGGCGGCGACCUCGCUAAUCUCGACGCCGUCCUUGACUCCGCCCGCGACCUCGACGAGAUGAUCGAACGCGAGUAUCCGGAUCAAUUCGUCACGCAGGUGUACAACUACCUCUCGCUCGGCUAUCCGACUCUCGCAAGGCCCUUCGACGAGGAGCUGUCGAAAAUCUCGGGCAUCCCCAUCGCCGAACUGCGACAGGACGACGUCAAAGCCAAGCAAAACCCGAGAGGUCAUAUCCGUCUGGAUCCCGCGUACGAGGGCCAGGGUGGAGAUGGCAUUGAAGGUAAUGGAUGUGCGAGAUGGCGGGCAUUGAAGUUGUACGUCAGGGAGUGGGCGAGGCAGGAGAAGAAGGGCUAUGCGGACCAGCCUGUGUCGACUUGGGGAGCAGCGAGGAGAGGGUCUUGGGCGUUCUAG